CAUUUGGAAGUUGGAACCAGGUGCCCUGUCCCAGCUAGACUCGCGCCCUCGCCCAGCUAGUCGAGCCGAGCGUGCCUCGAUCCGAAACCGACCCUAGCGAUGGGGAGCAGGGGAGCCCCAGGGGGCGCCGCCGUCGCCGCGGACGACGACGACGACGACGACGACGAGGGCCCGGUGCCGCAGGCGUCGCAGCAGAGGUACCGCGCCGUGGAGCCGCACGACAGCGCCGUCGUCGCCGCGGACGACGACGAGGAGGAGGAGGAGGAGGAGGGCCCGGUGCCGGAGGCGUCGCAGCAGAGGUACCGCCCUGUGGAGCCGCACGACCGCGCCGUCGUCCAGAUGGCGCCCCUCGACCCCGGCCCCUCCGCCGACGCCUCCGCGGCGCCCAGGCCCAUCAACCCUGGUAGGAACAGAAGUAUGGAUCCAAGGAUGCGAGUGGCUUCUUCCAACGCGCACCGCACAUCUAGUGCGCGUCAAAGUGAUUCAAAGCUCGAGCUCUUCGGUUUCGACUCGUUGGUCAAUAUUUUGGGGCUUAAGAGUAUGGCAGAAGAACCAGCUCAGACACCUGCUAGUCCUACGGAUAGUGAGGAUAUCGGUAUUACCAUCGGACGCCCUCAGGAAACCGACCCUAAACUCGGUACCCUGAUGGGUGUCUUUGUGCCGUGCUUGCAGAAUAUCUUGGGAAUAAUAUAUUAUAUACGUUUCACAUGGAUCGUCGGUAUGGGAGGCAUAUGGCAGUCCCUUGUUUUAGUUGCAUUAUGUGGCGCAUGCACAUUUUUAACUGCAAUAUCAUUAAGCGCGAUUGCAACAAAUGGGGCAAUGAAGGGUGGUGGACCAUACUAUCUAAUUGGCCGUGCACUAGGUCCAGAAGUUGGAGUUAGUAUUGGAUUAUGCUUCUUCCUUGGAAAUGCAGUUGCUGGAGCUAUUUGCAGGUAUGUGCUGGGAGCUGUAGAAACCUUUUUGGAUGCUGUUCCUUCUGCUGGAUUUUUUCAAGAGAAGGUUACAGUGGUCGAUAGUACAGCAAAUGGAGGCAGUGGAAUAACUAUAUCAACACCCAGCUUGCAUGACCUCCAGAUCUAUGGUGUCAUUGUGACCAUACUGUUGUGUUUUAUUGUGUUUGGUGGUGUCAAAAUUAUCAACAAGGUCGCCCCUGCAUUCUUAAUGCCAGUCCUCUUCUCAAUACUCUGCAUUUACAUUGGUGUCUUGAGUGCUCCAGGGCCCAACUCUCCAAAGGGAAUCACUGGAUUAAGUACGACUACACUAGUUGACAACUGGAGUGCAGAUUACCAACCUACAAACGAUGCUGGAGUUCCUGAUCCAAAUGGGCAUAUAUAUUGGGAUUUUAACGCAUUGUUAGGUCUCUUUUUCCCAGCUGUUACAGGAAUCAUGGCUGGUUCGAACCGCUCUGCUUCACUUAAAGACACACAAAGUUCAAUACCAAUUGGAACAUUAUAUGCUACCCUUUUAACUACUAUGAUGUAUCUACUGUCUGUGUUUCUGUUCGGAGCCUUGGCUACAAGACAAGAGCUUCUAACUGACAGGCUCCUAACAGCUACAGUCGCUUGGCCUGCCCCAGCAGUAAUUCACAUUGGCAUCAUCUUGUCUACUUUAGGUGCAGCGCUGCAGAGUCUAACAGGGGCUCCAAGGUUACUUGUGGCAAUAGCGAAUGAUGACAUUCUUCCUGUUCUUAAUUGUUUCAAGGCUUAUGAAGGAUCUGAGCCACACGUGGCAACUCUAUUCACAAGCUUCAUCUGUAUUAGUUGUGUUGUGAUUGGGAACUUGGAUCUAAUUACACCCACUAUCACUAUGUUUUUCCUUCUGUGCUAUGCCGGUGUGAACCUUUCCUGCUUUCUGCUUGACCUCCUCGAUGCUCCAAGUUGGCGUCCUCGAUGGAAGCUUCACCAUUGGAGCCUUUCUCUCAUCGGUGCAUUGCUUUGCAUUGUUAUCAUGUUUAUGAUCUCUUGGGCUUUUACUGUGGUCUCUCUUGCCCUUGCAAGCCUUAUCUACUACUAUGUCAGCUUAAAAGGAAAGGCUGGAGACUGGGGAGAUGGAUUUAAGAGUGCCUACUUUCAACUAGCUCUGCGAAGUCUUCGAUCACUGGGAGCAAACCAAGUUCAUCCAAAAAAUUGGUACCCUAUUCCUCUCAUAUUCUGCCGCCCUUGGGGCAGACUUCCAGAAGAUGUCCCAUGCCACCCAAAGCUUGCAGAUUUCGCUAAUUUCAUGAAGAAAAAGGGACGUGGCAUGUCGAUAUUCGUCUCUAUAAUUGAUGUUGACUAUCAUGAGUCUGCUGAGGAUGCAAAGGCAGUCUGCAGGCAACUAAGCGCUUAUAUUGACGACAAGCGCUGUGAGGGUGUUGCGGAGAUCAUCGUGGCACCCUCGAUGUCCGAUGGUUUUCGCAGCAUUGUUCAGACAAUGGGCCUGGGAAACUUGAAGCCAAACAUCGUCGUCAUGCGCUACCCUGAAAUCUGGCGCAGCGAGAACCUGACACAAAUACCAUCGACAUUUGUCGGCAUCAUAAACGAUUGCAUUACUGCUAACAAGGCCGUUGUCACAGUGAAGGGGCUUGAUGAGUGGCCCAACGAGUACCAGAGACAGUACGGGACCAUCGACCUAUACUGGAUCGUGAGAGAUGGAGGGCUGAUGCUUCUGCUGUCUCAGCUCCUACUGACCAAGGACAGUUUCGAGGACUGUAAGAUCCAGGUCUUCUGCAUCGCCGAAGAAGACACCGAGGCCGAGGAGCUAAAGGCUGACAUCAAGAAGUUCCUGUAUGAUCUCAGGAUGCGAGCAGAGGUUAUUGUCGUCACCAUGAAAUCCUUUGAAGCGCAUGCGGACGGCAGUUCCAGGAUUGAUGACACUCAAGAAGCUUACACAAGCGCACAGAACAGAAUCAAGGUAUACCUUUCAGAGAUGAAGGAGACCGCGGAGAGAGAAGGGCGGCCCCUGAUGGAGGGCGGCAAGCAGGUCGUGGUUAAUGAGCAGAAGGUGGACAAGUUCCUCAACACCAUGCUGAAGCUGAACGCUACCAUCCUCAGGCACUCCAGGAUGGCCGUCGUGGUGCUGGUGAGCCUCCCGGCGCCGCCGCUGAACCAGCCCGCCUACUGCUACAUGGAAUACAUGGAUCUGCUCGUCGAGAACGUGCCACGGAUGUUGAUGGUUAGGGGAUACAGAAGAGAUGUUGUCACACUUUUCACAUGAUCAGACGCCCCCAUCUGGCUGGUGGUUAUAGCCUGCAUUGUAGCAUGAUUGUUGAGCAUGUUCUCCAGUGAUGACGUCCCAAGCCAUCGACUUGAAAUCUACUCAGGAGUGUGGGGAUGUCUUCACAGAACAAUGCGUGCAUAAUACUUGCUUCAUUCUUUUAUCGAAUUGAAGCCAUUCACAUCGAUAGAAAAAAUACACAGUGUAUAUAAGAUUUGUAGAGAAUCUACUCUCCAUAGAUUAAAUCUCAAUAAUAAUGAUUGUUUUUCCUUCCCAUUUCUGAUCAUGCCUAACAACAACCCUUUCUGUUGUUUUCUAACCCUCAUUUUUGUCUUCUG